UUCCACAUAGAGCAAGGCACAUAUAACCAUCACUUUAAAUUAUCAUUAAAACAAUGGCUAAGAAAGAUAAAAAGUCCAAGGAGGCUAAGAAGGCUCGUACUGCUGAAAAGCAAAAGAAAAACAGUUCCAAGGCUGAACAAAAAAAUAAAAAACUUGCCAAAAAGCUUGGAGAUGAAGAUGAAGAUGAUCAAGAUAUCGAUGAAAUCUUGGAACAAUUUGCCAAGGAACAAGCUCUCUUUGAAGCAGUCCAUGUAGACACAUGUUCAAGACCUUCGAGACGUUUGGACAGUACCAUGAUCUCAAAUCCAUUGCACGGGAAGAAGGAACUCAUUCUCUUUGGUGGUGAAUACACUGAUCCAGCCACCUCUAAAGCCCAUUUCUACAAUGAAUUGUAUACUUAUGGGGUUGAAAAUGACAUCUGGAGAAAGAUCACAUCCAAAAACUCUCCCUUACCACGUUCUGGACAUGCCAUGUGCUCCCACCCUUCAGGGAUUGUGUUGAUGUUUGGUGGUGAAUUCUCGCUGCCUAAGCAAAACACUUUCUAUCAUUAUGGUGAUACUUGGAUCUUGGAUGCUGAAUCCAAGGAAUGGACCAAAGUAGAGGCCAAGCGUGGGGGUCCCACUGCUCGUUCUGGUCAUAGAAUGGCUUGUUGGAAGAAUUAUAUCAUCAUGCAUGGUGGGUUCCGUGAUUUGGGUAAUAUGACAACUUACCUUAAUGAUGUAUGGGUAUUUGAUGUUUCCAGUUAUAAAUGGAUUCAAGUUGAAUUCCCACCAAACCAUCCGAUCCCUGAUGCCCGUUCGGGACAUUCCUUGAUCCCAUGUGCUGAUGGUGCUGUUGUUUACGGUGGUUAUACCAUGGUGAAAGCUCGUAAGGGGUUACAAAAGGGUAAAGUGUUAUCUGAUUGUUGGAUGUUGAAAAUGAAACUGGAUCCUAGUGGGGCUCGAUUUGAAAGAAGACGUAAACAAGGGUUUGUUCCAAGUGCUAGAACUGGUUGUCCCUUGGUAUUUCAUAAGAAUAGAGGUAUUAUGUUUGGGGGUGUUUAUGAUUAUGAAGAAAGUGAAGAACAAAUUGAUUCUGAAUUUUAUAAUAAUCUUUACUCUUAUCAGAUUGAAACCAAUAGAUGGUAUAACUUGUCAUUAAAACCCAAGAGUAAGAAGAAGGUUCAAGUCAAAGAAAAAUCUAGAGAUGAAGAUCUUGAAGAUUUAUUGAAUUCUAUUUUGGCCAAGGCUCAUUUGAAUGAUGAUGAUGAAGAUAAUGAAGAUGAAGAGUUAUCACAGAUUGAAAAAUUGAAGCGUCAAGAAGAAGAGGAGGAGGAAAAGGAAAACAGUGUUGUUUAUCCAGUUAUGAAUCAACUUCCACAUGCCAGAUUCAAUGCCACUACGUGUGUUGUGGAUGAUACUUUAUACAUUUUUGGAGGACGUUUUGAAAGAGGUGAGCAUGAAUUUAACUUGGAUUCUAUGUAUGCCAUUGAUUUGGGUAAACUUGAUGGAGUUAAGGUUUUAUGGGAAGACUUGCUGGACUUGGAUAAGGAUAUUGUAGAUUCUGAUGAUGAAGACGAUGACGAUGAUGAAGAAGAUGAUGACGAUGAAGAGGAAGAAGCUGAAGAAGCUGAAGAAGAGGAAGAAGUCGAAGAAGAAGAGGAAGAAGAAGUCGAAGAAGAUGAAGAUGAAAUUCCUGAUCCUAGACCAUGGUUACCACAUCCUAAACCAUUCGAAACUUUAAGAGCAUUCUAUGUCCGUACUGGUGCAAACUUUUUAGAAUGGGCUAUUUCAAGUAAUAGAGAUGCUAGAGGUAAGCACUUGAAGAAGGCAUCGUUUGAUUUGUGUGAAGAUAGAUUCUGGGAAAGAAGAGAACAAGUCAGUAUUGCUGAAGAUCAUUUGGAAGAAUUGGGAGGUGUUGGAGACGUUAUUGAGAAGGAUAUGAGUAAGGUUACCAAGAGAAGAUAGACAAUAAAUAGAUUUAGACAGAAACAGUAAAUAAUAUAACUACAAAGUAAUAUCUUAAUGUUUUUUUUAAAAAUUUCUAUUUAUCUUCUAUUCAUCUUUCCUAUUAUACA